AUGGUCGCUUCUUUCCAAGUCAAAGCUAACGCUUGGAUCGCCCCCGCGACGCCCUCCGUACCGCACAAUUUCAACACCAUCGCCGGGUCCCCGAGUCCGACGACCCCCUUCGUCGCCAGCUCCAGCGCCGGCGCGCCCACGUCCAAAUCCAGGGGUAGCACAACAACCGCGCCCUUCACCGCCGCUUCGGUCGGACACGUUGUUGGCGUCCCUAGCGCCGAUCGGUUGGGGCUGGGAAAGAACUUUUUUGAGCAAGGGGAGGAAGGCGACCUGCGGGAACGGGGUCAGAGGGAGCCCAAGACGGUGUCGGGCAUUCAGGAUAGGGACGCCUGGGUCGUUUCGGUCGUCUUGGCGAGGGGCGGUAAGUCGACGAAUGGGCUCAGGCGUAGGACGGUGAGUGCAUUCAACCAUGGAUAAGUGAUUUCGACCGAAGCUGAAUAGUAUUGUAUCGAUAGAACGAUCUGGAGCAGAAGAACUUGACGAUCUACGUGUCAACACCGACCUCGAGCUUGACCCUGCGUCGAAGUCUGGCCGACGUUGCCGAACUCGAAGCUGACGUGAGUCGUCCGUUGCUUAAUCCCGCUUUUCGACAUGACACCCGGCUGAGAUAGCUUGUUACAUCCCAUAUCGUCCAGUUGAGGUACAACUUCCCCGGUCGCGUCCCCGGUCGGCCGAUGCCCGCACCGCCCUUGAUCACCUUCACCCCGAAAAAAUCACGCACCGCCGUGUUCGCGACCCUUCAACGAACACUUUCGCCUCGUCGAGCGUCGUCUUCUUCAUCCUCGAGCGCAAGGGCAAAUAGCCUGGACAUGUCCAUCAUGGACGUUACGGAGCUUGGGAAUUGGUUGACCGAUCUGAGUGGGGACAAGGUGCUGCGCGAGAGUUCGGCGUUUCAGUCAUUCUUCGCGAGUGCGCCGGACGACCUCGAGAGCGCGCGAUUGGAACGACGGCUCAAAGGGACCCAGAGCAACGUCACCAAAUACAUUGGACCUUCAUCGACCAAAGCGAAGCGAGGACAUCUAAACGUCUCGGAGGACAGCAUCCCAUCCGCGGGGACGACGAGCUCCGAACAUGUCCAGCUCUUUCCGUUACCGCCGAUCCCGUCGUCUAAACUCGACUUCGACGUCAACAGCAAACGCAAGAGUAGCUCGGGGACCGACACGCUUAGUACGGCUGGGAGUGAGAUCGAACAAGGCUUGCCUAGCGGUAUCGUGGCUGAGCGGCUUGAGGAAUCGAUUGAGGAACCCGAGUCGCUGCCCGAGGUUCAUGCGAUACCGAAGAGUCCGGAGCCGAGCAAAGCGACCGAAUCGCCUGGCGCAUCACGACCCGCUUCCGUCGUCGAAAAAUCUGGUGAUGCCGUUGCAACCUCUUCGACGAAGCGAAAAGGCAAGACACUGCGGAGGAGGAGAAAAGACGACAAGGCCGUGACGAUCGAUUCGUUCGAGAUCCUGCGCGUGCUCGGCAAAGGAUGCGCGGGCAAGGUCUUACUCGUACGGCAAAAGACGGACGGCGCGCUCUUUGCACUCAAGGCGAUUCAUAAGCAGCAUGUGAGCGACAGCACUAUCUCAGUAGGCUCUUGAUAGGCCCAUAUUGACAAACGUACGAGCCUGCAGGUCCUCGCCCAUCGUGAAUCGGCGCAUACCAAGACCGAGCAAGCCGUGCUCAAGAUGUGUGCGCGCGACGCGACCAUCAACCCUUUCGUCGUCCGGCUACACUACUCCUUCCACGAUCGCGAGACCCUCUACCUUGCGUUGGACUUCCACCCCGGGGGCGAUUUGGCGACGCAACUUGCGAGAUGGGGUAGGUUGGGUCGUGAUCGUGCGAGGUUUUAUACGGCAGAGAUUGUUGAGGGGGUGCAGGGGUUGCAUGCGAAUGGGAUCAUUUAUCGCGAUCUUAAGCCGGAGAAUGUGCUCAUCAAUGCCGAGGGGCAUAUCGUACUGACUGACUUUGGGCUGUCGAAAGAGUGAGUACAAGCUUCUGCUCUCCCGGCUCAUACGCGAUGCUGAAUUGUCGUCCCCCGUGUCAUCCGACAUCAUCCGAUAAAGCUUUGGACACGUGACUCGAGAUCGAUCAUCUGGUGCUGGAGAGGGCGACGAUGGACUCCCGCGACCGCACUGGCUUUCCUCAUCGGGGCAUGGUGAACGAAGAGCUUCGGCCUCGGUUGCGAACUGGCCUGCGACACGAGAAACGACAACAACGUUCUGCGGAACGGCAGAGUAUCUGAGUCCUGGUGAGUCUGCUGCGAAGGAGAUGACUAUGUCGGUGGUGUCUGAUCAAGUUGGCUUUUCGAUCGCAGAGGUCUUGCUUGGAGAGCCUUAUUCGUAUGAGGUGGAUGCUUGGUCGCUUGGAACGAUGCUAUGGGAGAUGCUCGCGGGCGUCACGCCUUACUGGUCCGAGGAUCAUGCCACAAGUACAUCCGAAUUCCCACAUUGUGAAGGUCGUAAGGUUACUUAGGCUCACACCCUCGUUCACAUGCAGUGUAUCACCGCGUCCUUCACGAAGACCUCAAUUUCGACGACACGGAUCGCAUCUUUGACGACGACACCAAGUCCCUGCUCCGAGGUCUGCUACAACGCGACCCUUUGUUGCGUAUGACCGACGAACGCAUCAAGCGACACCCGUAUUUCAGUAUGAUCGUGUGGGAACACGUUUAUCAUCGGCGUGUGAGUCGUGAAGAAGUCUGUCGCAUUCACCCCCCACCCCCCCUUCCUCAUGAAUUCCUUGUGUCGCGCCGCAGUACGUACCCCCUUUCAUCCCAACGCUGAACCCAUCGGACCCAUGCGACACGUCGCAAUUCGACGAGAUGUUUCUCUCCAUGCCCAACGAAGUUGGGACCGGCGCUGCACCCGAAGAAGGAUCCGGGAGGGACUCGCCCGAUGGAGAGCCGGAGUCGGCGGUCGAUGAGGAGGGGAGGGACGUAUUUGAUGGAUGUGAGUUUGAGUGAGGACGCGUGAAUGCUUCAGGGAGGGAGGGUGCUGAUGAGGUGUAUUUUGAUUUGGUCCGCAGAUUCCUACUACGGUCGUGAUGCGGAAUCGCUCUAUAGCGAGACCUCGCAGAUUGACGAGGGUGGAGAGGAGGAGGACGGGGUUGCUCGACCCCCAUCGGUAGGAGGUAGCGAAGCGGAUGAGACUCAAAGUCGGGUCGAGGCGAUGGUCAUGGACGAGAAUCAGGUCGAGGAACCUACAUCCUACGAUCAGGAUCGUGAUUAUGCUACGUCGUCGCUUCAAGAGGUCACGAAUCAACUCGACCACGUUCAACUGCACGCCCCAUCCGCACUUGCGCACACCCCCGAAGCGGUUCGACCAUCCUUCGAAUCCGGCAUUUCGGAUUCAGACUGGGAUGUCGUCGUUCAUGAGCCUGCUGCUCCUACCUCUCGCAAUGGAGGCAAGGAGGCCAGGUCGUCGACAACGACGACACUCUGGGGGCGUGGCUUCAAGGACAAGUAUCGCUUGGUGCUGAUGACGCCUCGAGGAGGAGGAGCAGUUGGAGGUGGCGGCGGGACCUCGUCCCCUUUGAGGAUCCCGUCGGGGCUCGCGACGAACACUUCGAGGAAGGGGUCGAGUACGACGACCGGGACGACGACCACCACGGGGUCGAGGAGGUCGCCUUCGCCUACUCUGGAAGUUGUUGGGAGAGGGCGAGGGAGGAAUGGCGCUGCCGCGGGUGGGGGAGGUGGACCGGAUCUGUUGAUGCUCGCUGCGCUGAGUCGUGGGGCUGCGGCUGCACGGGCGAGUGGGGAUGGGGCCAGUAUUCGGAAACCGAGGAGGGCCGGUGUGACGCUCAAGAAGUUGGGGUUCAACUUUAGAUCCCACAAAUGA